CUUCGUUUCACUUUCAAGUCGAACACCAUACAGGCAACAUGCAUUUCAACCUGCUUCUUCUGUUGGCAGCCACCACCUUCGCCGCCAACCAGGAAAGACAGUUGUGUCAAGCUCCUACAACAGCACCACAGAAACUUGAAAAGGUCAUAGGACAAUGCCAAGAUGAAAUCAAAUAUGCUUUACUCCAAGAAGCUUUGAGUGUACUUGGGGAAACAGUUGGCAUUGUAAAUAAUAGGAAAUCAACUGAAGGUAUUCGUGAAAAACGGGAAGCUUUCAGUGGAGAGGAAAAGAGGAUAGCAGGUUGCCUACUUCAAUGUGUCUAUAGAAAAAUGAAAGCUGUUGAUACCAAUGGGAUCCCAACGGCCACUGGGCUUGUCAAAAUUUACUCUGAAGGAAAUAAAGACCGGAAUUACUACCUUGCCACUAUUCAGGCUGUCCAGCAAUGUUUGGCUCAGGAGUUGCAAAAUAGGACCAAUGACCCUAGUCUCCUUAAACAAGAAGGAUAUACAUGCGAUGUAGCAUAUGAUAUGUUUAAUUGUGUCAGCAAUCAAAUUGAAUUGGUCUGUGGAAGUAAACCUUGAGUAUUAAUUUAUAAAUAAACUUCAAUAAAAUUACUGUAAAUAAAUAUAAUAUUGUUUAAAAAAUAGUAAUUUAUUAGUUCAU